CGAACGAAAAUACCCAAAGCUCGCAUAAACAGUCCAAGUUUUAGCUUCCAGCACAAUAAGCAGCAGAUAUUUCUGCGAAUCAGUUGUAAAAACACAGCGAUUUCUCGCAAGAAAUCCAGUGGGAAGGAUAGACGUGAACAAGAAGAGAGAGAGAGAGAGAAAGAGACGGAGAGCAUAACCAUACGUCUAUAUACACACACGUACAGAAUGUUAGUGCGGUGGCAGCUGUGUGGGCCACACGCGCAACGCAUGUCGUCCAAAUUGGUAGCUCGUGAACGACCUUCGCUUUCUCGUCGUCGUUGCUCGAGCGGCGGUCGAUAGAGCGGGUGAUCCGCAGUCGUGCCGCGCGCACCAACCUCGUCGCAUUCUCCUCCCUCUCUUGGUCUUCCUCUUCGCGACCGCCGCCGUCUCCGCCGGCUUCGCACGACCGACGACCCAAUUUCAAAGCAGUUCAAAGAUUCCCGCCUGGCGCAAUCGUAUCUGGCAGUGCCAUCUGUCGGGAUCGAGCGCAGGUAGCUUACGGCGGAGGAUCAGUCGCGAGUAAAAUGGAGUCGCGAGCGGUGAAGGUGGUGGUGGCUUCUCUCACCUUCGACUCAUCAUCGUUACGUUGGGCUGCGAGCCCACGAUAGCGACGGCCCAAUAGCUGUCUCGGAGAAAGUCAAUUUUUCUUUGUUUUCUCUCCGCCUGACACACGACAAACAACGACGAGAGAAUGUCGCUGGCAACUUGCGCACCGCCUACCUAACCUACAAGCGUACACAACUUAUGUCAGAAUGGCAGAAUGCAGACAAUAACAAGCACCAGUUGAGACAGAUUACAACGUAUCACAAGCAGCCAGAGUCGCGCGAAAAAGAGCAGCAGCAGAGAUAACUAUGGAGCCGAUUCUGUCGUCGACGAGACGUCGAGGUCACCAGCAUCAUCCUCGACACACGACUAGACGUCGUUUGGAUCAGAGUCAGCUGAUGACAAGCACGACGACGACCACGACCUCUUCGAUAACAACUUCCUCGGGCCCCGACGGUGGACCCGCGCAGUGUGGCCCCAUUGGGGUUGUGAAUGCCAUCAACAGUAACAUCGAGUCUACGGAGAGUACCAGCCCGAGGUCGUCUAUUAACCUCAAGCAGGGCUCGCCAAGGCGAAUAACCGCCGCAGCUAAAAACAACAAGCUUCAGGACAGCCAGUCCAACAAUAACAUCUGUGAUAAUAGACUGAUCGUCAUUCAUAACGAGAGGCCCGCGCAGUGUGGCCAGGAUGAUGACACUACACAGAGCGAAGCCAAAACUAAGCUACAUAGUAGUCUUAGUCUCUCCGACAAUGAAAAUGACUCUAAAAUAAGCUUCGAACUCGAGCACGCAGUCGCUAGAGCUAGAGGCGAUGGCAAUUCUGACGAGGAGGUUGUCACUGUUGAGGAGGAUCCAGAGCUUAUGGAACUUGCCAAGCUCAGGUGCUCAAGUGAGCAGACGGAAGUACAAGCUGCCAGAGAGGCCAGACGGAGAAAGCGAUGUGCUGACUAUCCUGGCUUGGCUUUUGGAUGCUCCAUAUUCUCCAGCGAUACUAUGAUGAAGUUCAGUCUCAUUCGAAAUGAAUUGCAAAAUAUUAUGGGCAAUCAACUAAAAAGGGCCGAGUCUGAAGUCGCCGCUCUGAACCGGCGCAUCCAGCUCCUCGAGGAGGACCUCGAGAGAUCCGAGGAGCGCUUGGCGACUGCCACCGCCAAGCUCGCCGAAGCCUCUCAAGCUGCCGAUGAGAGCGAGCGGGUACGCAAGGCUCUCGAAAAUCGCACAAACAUGGAGGACGAUCGGGUGGCGCAUCUGGAGCAACAGCUGGCGCAGGCCAAACUCAUCGCCGAGGAGGCCGACAAAAAAUACGAAGAGGUCGCCAGAAAGCUAGUCAUGAUGGAGCAGGACUUGGAACGCGCCGAGGAGAAGGCUGAGCUUUCUGAGACGAAAAUCGUCGAGCUGGAGGAGGAGCUGCGCGUCGUCGGCAACAACCUCAAAUCCCUCGAGGUGUCGGAGGAGAAGGCUACGCAGAGGGAGGAAAGUUUCGAAGGCCAAGUUAAAGUUCUGGAAACGCAAUUGAAAGAGGCUGAGGCCCGUGCUGAGUUCGCCGAAAGAUCAGUGCAGAAACUCCAGAAAGAGGUCGAUAGGCUGGAAGACGACCUCGUGACCGAGAGAGAAAAAAACAAAAUGCUGCAGAACGAGAUGGAGGCGACCCUGCAUGACAUCCAGAACAUGUAAAAAACAAAAAAAAAAUGCUCGAUUCCUCCGCUCUCCCGAGUUUACGUUGUGGUGCAAAACUAGACCCGAUAACAGAUAACACACAAGGGACACACCAAACAAUACAACAACAAAAACUGCUGUCUUUUUAGGCUUAGUCUGUAAUGCUGUGUCGUUCGCUGCUACGAGCGGACGGCAACAGGUGAUGCGACCGGAUUAUUCUGUAACGAUCCUCGAUUCGUGGUUUCAAAGAGGAACAAAACGACAAACGAUUCAAAAGCAAAAACUAAAGUGUAACACAACCGUCCGAUUAUGAUCGUGCCUACGAUUCUUCCACGCGUAUUAACGCUAAAUUAGGAGCGCGCGAGCAAGCCUGUGCUCAAAUUGUAAAAGUAUUUUUGAUCAAAUUUAUCAUUUCGCACUUGAUCAUGGCGCCAAACAAAUUAAUUGUCUUUGCAGAUCGGCAUUUCGAGCGACACUUGUAUCCCCUUUGACUUAUAUUGGAGUUCAAAUUAUUUGACAGUAUUGGCAAAUAAGGCAUGCAAUAAUACUUCCUAUGUUAGUAAUGUUUUUCAUUUCAUGAUCGUAGGGCUGUGAAAGUAAUAAUGCUUUAUCUUUAUUCUUAUGUAGUAUUCAAACAAAGAUAAUACGGAUGAUUUUUUUUAUGUCAACGAAUCAUUUUUGUUGUUUGUUUGUUUGUUUGUUUUUUUUUUAACGGAAUUGUAUAUUUUAAUGUCAAUAUAUCGAUCAUGCUGACUCUACAAGUCUUCAGUGUAGAUAAAGUAGAUUCCUAUAAACUUUGACAGCCUCUUACAGUGAGUGAGUAUCGCUUGAAAUGUGUAAAGAGUCAAACCGAAAUGUUUAUGAGCAUAUGAAAAGGUGGACUGAUAAAGGGUUUCGCGGGACGAAUGCGCGCAUUAUCUUCGUACAAUAUUUGGCAAAAACAAGUAAUCAUCUAUAUAUUAUGAUUGUAAGAAAGUUUUCUAAAAAUUAUAAACGCACACGUUGCGUCGUGCAAUUUAUUAAGUAAAAAAUGAACGCGAACAAUCACUCCGACUCAGGCAUUCCGUCGAUCAAACUUCCAAUAAGUUUAUUAGUUUGUAAUCUACUGUCGUUUCUCGCGUCUUUCUGUCUCCUCUCUCUCUCUUUCUAUCUCUAUCUCUCUUUGUCUAUCUGUCCCUCUCUCUUUCUCUCUCUCUCUCUCUCUCUUUCCGUCUCUCUCUCUCUCUCUCGCUUUGUCUGUCUUUUAAAACACGAUCGCUCUUUUGCCAUCGUUCUCGCCGAUGAAGCUCAACGUGCUAAUUUCUUUCUAUCGCUCAUUUUGAAGACAAAGAAAUGCAUGAUAUAAUUAUCUUUCCGGUUACGAAACAGUAUUUUGUUACAAACAUUCCGCGUCAAAAUUAGUAGAAUCAGCUGUAUCAUGUGAUUUUUUUUUUCGUCAAGCU